UUAAUUUUUGCUAAAAGUGGGCGUUAAAGCAAAAAUAUUUCAGAAACAAAAAUUCGCGAAAUAUAUCGCGUGUUGAUAACGGACUUAUCAUUCUGCGAUAUAAGCCAAGAGGUCUUUUUUUAUCGAUUAGAACGUAUUACUCCCUUAACUUCUUUUUUUCAAAGUUGAAAUACCGUUUCUUCGGAAUUAUGUUAAAAGCUAAUGUCUCAGUACGAAUUGAAAACAAUCUGCCUGGUGGUAAUCAUUAAAUUAUGUCCACAAUCAUACAGUUUUGUGUAGGAAGUGUGUCUGAAUACUGGAAUAAUGGCAGAAAACAGCGGAAAAUCUUCAGAAAAUUGGCGAAUGCAUUGGCUAUCGCGAAGUUGCAAUACUUCUGAUUCUUUCAAAAGCUUUGCCACUUCUAAGGACUCAGGGCAUGAACAGUCGGGCAGAUAUGAUAUUAGGCAGCGAAUUGCACACCUUUACUAUAAGCAACUAUACACGGAUGUUACAUUCUUCAUUAAGUAUGAUACUGAAUCAAAUUCUACCUUUUAUGCGCAUAAAGCUAUUCUUGCUGCAGGAAGCCAAUACUUCGCGCAGAUGCUGUUUAAAAGUCAAGACGAACUUCCAGAAAUUACAGAACCAGUAAAGCAAAUCCAGAUAAGUGGAAUAUCGCCUGAAGUUUUUAAGAACAUUAUUGAGUUUCUAUACACUGACGAAAUAUAUUUCGAUAAUAAUACUUUAGUUAUGGAAACUUUUCUAGCAGCUAAAGAAUUCGAAAUCCAGCCCCUAAUUGACAGGUGUGUAUCAAAUUUAGAAGAAAUAGAGUUAUCUAAGUUCGUUGUUUGCUCCAUACUUCAAAUAGCCACCCAACGGAAAAUGGAUGCAUUGAAAGACCGCUGUUUGAGCUUCAUUCAAGAAAAUACUGGUGAUAUCAUCAGGACAGAGGACUUCAUGAAGUCUCCUUUAUCUGUAGUUCGAACCAUCUGUAAACUACAAAGCCUCAAUCUUACAUCUGAAAUUGAACUCAUUAUAGCUGUUUUCAGCUGGGCAAAACACCAAAAUGCGAGCAGUAGGAGAGUUGCUAUUGAACCAGUGCUCAAGUGUCUUAGAUUUCUCGUCUUGGAAACUAAAAUUUUCAGCAACUUAGUGAAGGACCAUCCAGAUAUAUUUACACCGACUGAAGCUCUGCAGAUCAUGAUGUAUCUUACUAAUCCCUGUAAAGGUAUGAAUGAGCUUCCAUCGUGGUGUAACAAGGAAGCCGACCGUUGCUCGUGUUUAAAGUCAUCAGUGUUUUUCAGCACCAAAGUUGAUAGAAAAACACCUUCUGGGCUGAAGAAACUCACAAUUAGACUGGCACCUCUUCAACAGAAGAAGCCCUUGUCCAAUCUGAAGUGUACUUUAGAAAUUAAAUGCAAAGGUGGUAAAUUCCAGAUUAUUGGAUUGACAUUGCUUUUUCAAGAACCUGUGACAAAGUUUAGUCUCAUAAACCCUUUGACAGUAAUGGUUGCAAUUCAACCUACCAAUUUUCGGUGUAAAGAAGUAUUGAAAAUCACAGGUUCUACAGAAGUCCAGUUUACUUUCCAGAGAAGGAUAGUGUUCAGACAAGGACAAGUGGCAUCUAUUCAGGCUUCAGCGGAGAAUGUAGAACUUUAUAACUUUCUUCAAUUCGAUGAUAGAAACUUUCCAGAGGUUGACCCACGAUUUGAAUGCUCUUUAGGAAGCAGCGCAAAGGAAAAUAAGCUGUUUUUUAUUUAUGAGGUUUUCUAUGUUGAAUUUCCUUUUAGAAGCCUUCCUAGUAGACAAACCAAUUAGUAAACCAAUUCAUCUUUUCCCCUUCAUAACGUGUAAUAUGGACUAUUUUAAGAUACGUAUUGUAAAUGUUGAUUUCAAGGGUAAUAGUAAUAUACGCUUGAUAAAGUUAAAUUUUGUCGAAAAUUGGUAAAAAUGUACAUCUUUGUGCAUGAAUAAAACUAUUAUUUUAGGAUUUACAAACAUUAAA